UCGUUCGUUUUGUACUCCAUACUUUGUGCCUAUUGUCAGUUUAAUUAGAAGAUUGUCACAAUGACACUAUCGUGAUGCGCGUAAUCGCGGCGCGGCGCAACGCUCCGAACUCUUUUAGGUUCCGCCAUAGUUCGCGUGAUCUUUGUCAAGGUAGUCGUCUCUUGGCUUUCGCGAUAGAUUCAUCAUCACGCCAUCCUUAUUUGUUAAUGACGACCGAUUCAUCCUAAUGUAGUCUUUACCUUAUUAAUAAUCUUGCGCACGUUUAUAUUUUUAAAACUAAAUUAUUGUCGGUUUAUUUUACACACCUAUGAAAUACAAUCUCUAAUCAAUAUUUCGCAAUACGAGUGAUAAUUUGUCAUUUCAAUGUUUAAUAAUUAUAGUUCGUUUUUUUUAUUCACGCGCUAAAGUGAUUUAAGUGAGUAAAGAAAUCAUCAAUUCGAAAAUUUAAAAUCGGCAGAUCUCGAGAACGAAAUAUUUCUUCAACAUAUUUCAUCAGAUUCAUUGUAUAACGAGAUGACUUCGGAGGGAACUUCAAAUGAUCUAAGUCUAGCAAAAUGGGCGCCAGAAACGCCUACUGUCCAGGAAAUCAUCCAAUCUAUGCAGAAUUUCAGUAUGUCGGACUAUACUGUAUUCGCUGCAAUGUUGGUUGUAUGUGGCAUUGUUGGUAUUUACUUCGGCUUCGUAAAGAAAUCCUCGGGCGAAGAUGAAUAUCUGGUCGGCGGGAGGAAUAUGAGCACAUUUCCAAUCAGUCUCAGUUUGUUAGCCAGUUUUAUAUCAGGUAUCUCGUUAUUGGGUACACCAACGGAGAUUUAUGUACACGGCACAAGUUAUCUAUUCCUUUGUUGUGCGAUCGUUUUUGUCACCCUUGUCACAUCCGCCGUAUAUUUGCCAGUUUUUCACGAUCUGAAACUCACCAGCACUUAUGAAUAUCUCGAAAAGCGUUUUGAUAAAAGGAUGAGGCUACUAGGUUCAGUCCUGUUUUCUAUCAGUAUCAUAACUUGGCUUCCAAUUGUCAUCUACGUACCUGCAUUGGCCUUCAAUCAAGUUACCGGAGUAAACGUACACAUAGUUACACCUUUUGUGUGUAUCGUUUGCAUAUUCUACACUUGUGUGGGUGGUCUCAAGGCAGUAGUAUGGACAGAUUUCUUUCAGACUUUCAUGAUGUUCGGCUCCAUGUUAUUAAUUAUAGUCAAAGGCACAGCGGACGUUGGUGGAUUGUCGCUAGUAAUUCGAAGAAAUCUAGAAUCGGGAAGACUCGAAUUUCCUGCGACGGAUUGGAGUCCUAUGACGAGACACACAAUUUGGGCGCUUACUAUCGGUGGCUUCAUACAUUGGUUACAAAUCACCGCUAUUAAUCAAAACAUGAUUCAACGAUAUUUAUCACUUCCUACUUUACAAUCAGCAAGAAGAGCACUUUGGUGUUUUAUGAUCGGCGUAACAAUAUUGGUUCUUAUGUGCGGAUAUUCUGGCUUGUUGAUUUAUGCCUGGUAUCAUGAAUGCGAUCCCCUUACGACUAAGUUAGCACGAGCCAAGGAUCAACUACUACCGUUGUUAGUUAUGAACGUUUUAGGAGACUUUCCGGGACUACCGGGCCUCUUCGUAGCUGGUGUAUUUAGUGCCGCACUUAGUUCAUUAUCAACCGGUCUAAACUCCAUGGCAGCCGUAGUGCUGGAGGAUUUUGUUAAGCCCUUUAUAAAGACUCCUUUUACGCCUAGGGGUGCUGAUAUCUUUAUGAAGCUGACGGUUGUCGUUUUAGGAAUAAUUUGCGUUGCUCUCGUUUUCGUCGUCGAGCAGGCGGGCACUCAUGUGUUACAGUUGUCUAUGAGUCUAGGCUCCAUUACCAACGGACCAGCCUUUGGCAUUUUCAACAUGGGAAUGUUAUUACCAUGGAUUAAUGGCAAGGGUGCUCUAAUCGGAGGAAUAGCAGGUUUGAGUUUCAUGGGUUGGCUUGGUCUUUCUGCCGAAGCAGCUAUCACCAGUGGAAAAAUUAAAUUCGAUAUGAAACCCGUAACCACAGAAGGAUGUACUUAUUCAUUUCCACAAGUAGAGAAUUUAUUAUUAUCUGCACCACCAGAUUCAAUUUUGAACAACGUUGGAGAGGAACCAUUGGCAUUGUUCCGGCUCAGUUAUCUUUGGUAUACCACGACUGGUGCCAUAGUGACUAUUAGUGUCGGUCUCAUCGUAACUUUGAUUACCUCCGAAGAUAUUGAAAAGUUAGAUCCGAUGGUCGUAGCACCAUUUAUAAGAAAAUAUUUAAAGACUUCAAAGAGAGAUAUUACACACGAAGAACUUCAGCAAGUCAAGGUUGCAAAGUCGAAAGAAAUGAUAGCGUCUUGUACUAUCAAUGAAGAUGAUAAAUUAUUAUCACAAGGAACUCAAGGACAUGAUAUAAUAAAUAAGUAA